CGAGAGGCCAAAGUGGCGUUUGUGGGCCUUGUCGGACAGCUGUGCGUUGACCUCAGAGCCAAAUGGAGCAGCCGAUGCCAGUAUCACCAGACACAAUAAAGGAGCCCAGCAAGGCACCAGCAGCCGACAUGUCAGCCUUCCUGCCAUCAGCGGGCAGGCGCCUCUUCCUCGGGUGCGUCAUCCUCUUUGCCCAUCUGGUGCCGCUCUACUUCGCAAAAUGGGACGUGCCGUUCCUGGACAGGCUGACAGAUGGGCUGCCGAGUCCGCCGGGGCAGCCGGAGGUGCGGUUGGGGUGGCAUUCGGUGCUGGGUCGGUUCAGCAAGUGGCAGAUAGCCUUCUUUGGCAGCGUGUUGGUGCACCAGGUGGUGUACUUUGUGCACUGCCUGCCGGGGUUCUUGUACCAGUUCGUGCCGGUCAUUCAGGACGGGUGGAAAAUACAGGUCUGUGUGGUGUGCACAUGUGGAGAGUUAGUGUUGUGUGAGUGAGUGUGUGUGUGUGUGUGUUGGGUGAUGGCAGGGUGAGAAGAAGGAGACGUUUGCUUUGCAGUGGAAGUGCUUCAAGGUGCUCAUGUUCAACCAGGUACUUACUCGGUCAGUGCACGUCUCAGAUCUUGUCUGUCUGUCUGUCUGUCUGUUGGGUGUGCAGUUCAUCAUCCAGACGCCGUUGAUUGCAGGCACCUACUUCUUCACCGAAAUGUUCGGAAUCCCAUACGAAUACGAAAGACUGCCAAAAUGGUACGUGUGCUGAUGAACUCGUGCCACACGUACUCGUGCCAUCCUCUCUCCCUGUGUGUGUGUCUGUGUGCGCAUUGCAGGUACCAGUUGGUUGCGCAGGUGUUGGGUUGUGCGGUAAUCGAGGACACCUGGCACUACUUUUUGCACUCGUGGCUGCACAGCAAGGGCAUGUACAAACUCAUCCACAAAAUGCACCACGAGUUCCAGGCACCUUUCGGCAUGCAGGCAAGACAAGACAAGACAAGACCACCCACCACACACACACACACACACGUGUCUGUGUCGAUGGGCGAUGGAUGGGGGGAUGCGUGUGUGUUCGGCAGGCCGAGUAUGCGCAUCCUUUGGAGACUUUGAUAUUGGGCGGCGGGUUCUUCUUCGGCAUAUUGGUGUAUUGCAACCACCUGGUGCUGCUCUGGGUCUGGGUCUUCUUCAGGCUGCAGGAAACUAUCGAGGUAACACAGACAGACAGGGAGACAGACAGGCGGCCAUGCAGACGGGAAACACGCAGGCGGCCAUGAUGUGCCUGUGUGUGUGUUAGGUGCACAGCGGCUAUGAUUUGCCGCUGUACGUCAACCCUUUUCACCUCAUCCCAUUCUACGGUACAGACACACACACACGCACACACGCGCACAGACACACAGACACACAGACACGCCAAUCUUGCGUGUUUGUGGAGGAAUGCGUGUGUGUAUGGGUGCAGGUGGAGCCCGCUUCCACGACUUCCACCACAUGAACUUCACCGGCAACUAUGCCAGCACAUUCACAUGGUGAGUGACCACACGCCCGACACACACACUCACACACACACACACACACAGAGGGAGAGAGAGAGAGGGGGAGAGACCGACUUGGUUGUGCGUGUGGCCACUCAAUAUGCGUCUGUGUGUCUGUGUCUGAGUGUGUAGGUGGGAUGAGCUCCUCGGCACUGACGUCCAGUACAAGAAGUACUACGCCACCCUACAAGACAAGAGGAAGAAAGCCGAAUAGAUAAAGCACUUGAAGUUUUGCCCCUCUCUCUAGCCGCCCGCCUGCCUGCCCGCUGUCCUGCAGUGAAGUCAACGCCCCAUGCACGUCACGUCACGUUUUGUUCUGUAUAGACCUCCCAGACAGUGAGUAUUAUUCCUGGUGGCCUGUUGUGCUGUGCUGUUCAGCACACACAGAUACGCAUCCUCAUUCAUGUGUUUCUCUGUUUCGUUUCUUCGUCGGUCUUUUGAGUUGCUUUGUCGUCGGACGUGGACGGAUACACGAGUGUGUGGGUGUGGGUGUGGGUGUGCCUGCGUGUGUGUGCAUGGGGCGCUUCGCAGAAGUGUGCACUCACCGCCAUGCCAUGCACACCCACACGCUCACCUCACACACCCCUCUAUUCUAUCGAAUGCUGUCUGUGAUCAGUUUUGCCCUCUGCACUGGUUCUUGUUCGUGGGGGAUUCUCUGCUGGUUGACUGCUGUGUGCGACAAGACAGAGAAAGCUCUCUGCGGCUGCAUGCAUUUAGGAGGCGAACGGACAACGGCCACUCAUGAGUCAUCCCAGAUUGGUGAGCAAAACACACGCAUCGAAGGG